AUGUCGACGGCAUUCUUGCUGCCCGCGGUGCUCCUGGUGGCAGCGGCAGUGGCAGCCACCACGGAGGCAACCAAGAACCUCGUCGUGACUCGUGGCUGCGUGACGAGCUGCGGUGGCGUGGACAUCCCCUACCCCUUCGGCAUCGGCAGCGGCUGCUUCCGCAAGGGCUUCGAGAUAGAGUGCAUCAAGAACAGCCCUGUGCUUGCCGGCACGUCCAUUCACGUGGUACACCUGUCGGGGGAUCCUGCAGAGUCGCUGGUGAUGCUCCCUGUUGGGUGGCGGUGCUACAACACAAGCAGCCCAGACAAGGUCGAGGCCAGCAGCCAUGGUGAGACGGAGAUGAACAAGCAUGGUGUGUACCGCCUGUCCAACACGCACAACAUGCUCGUCAUCCUAGGCUGCAACACCAUGGGCAACAUUGGGAGCGUCAGAACCACGCGUGACGUCGACGAAUACUCCUACUACAUGGGGUGCAUGACCUUCUGCAACUACUCGGCGACCGCGCAGGACGGCCUCUGCGCCAGUGUCGGGUGUUGCCACGUUGACAUCCCGCCGGGGCUCACCCACAACUACUUCUAUUUCCGUGUGUACGACCACACCGGCAUGAUGGACUUCAGUCCAUGCGACUACGCCUUCCUCGUCGACAGGACCAACUACACCUUUCGGCGCUCUGACCUCCUCAGGGACACAAACCGGACCUCACCGGUGUGGCUGGACUGGGCCAUUCGCGGCGAUGAUGACUCUACCUCAUUAUCAUGCGCUGAAGCGGCCAAGGCCACGACAACGGAGUAUGCCUGCGUCAGCAAUCACAGCGACUGUGUCAACGCCACCAAUGGGCCUGGUUACAACUGCAGAUGCUCCAAAGGCUACCAGGGCAACGCCUACCUUGUCAACGGCUGCAGCAACAUAGAUGAAUGUGCGGAUCCAGCAAAGUAUCCUUGCAAAGGUGUAUGCAGGGACACCGAAGGAUCUUACCAAUGCACCUGUGGUCCAGGUUAUGGGAGCGAUGACCCAAAAACUCAACGCUGCACUCCAAAGUUCCCACUUGCUGCACAGAUUUGCAUAGGUACAAUAGGUGGUACUCUUGUCAUCGCAUUUAUGGCAUUCGUCAUUAUUAUUCGGAAAGAGAAGCAGAAGACCAAAGAGUUCUAUGAGAAAAAUGGUGGUCUUACCUUAGAGAAAGCUAAAGUUAUAAAGCUUUUCAAAAAAGAGGAGCUCAAGCCAGUUUUAAAGAGUAGCAAUUUAAUUGGAAAAGGUGGCUUUGGUGAAGUUUACAAGGGGGUUGUUGAUGACAUACUAGUCGCAGUAAAGAAACCAAUUAGUGGUAAUGUGCUGGAGAACAAGCAAUUUGCAAAUGAAGUCAUCAUCCAAUCCCAAGUCAUCCACAAGAACAUUGUUAGGCUCAUAGGUUGUUGCCUAGAAGUGGAUACCCCCAUGCUAGUGUACGAGUUCAUUUCCAAAGGAAGUUUGCACGAUAUUCUUCACAGGGUUGACAACAAGGAGCCUCUCAACUUGGAUGUGCGUCUAAGCAUUGUUGCUGAAUCUGCACAUGGUCUAGCUUAUAUGCAUUCACAGGCCCAUACCAAAAUCCUGCACGGUGAUGUUAAACCAGCAAAUAUACUCUUGGAUGACAAUUUUAUGCCAAAGAUCUCAGACUUUGGCAUAUCAAGGUUGAUUGCAAUAGACAAGGAACACACUGCAAAUGUCAUUGGUGACAUGACUUAUAUGGACCCAGUAUACCUACAAACAGGCCUAUUGACUGAAAAAAGUGAUGUCUACAGUUUUGGGGUUGUCAUCUUAGAGGUCAUUAGCAGGAAGAAGGCCACUCAUUCUGACAACAACAGCUUGGUGACGAGUUUCCUGGAGUGCCACAAAGAGAAGAAGAAAGCAACCGAGUUGUUUGAUAAGGAAAUUGCAACCACAGGAAAUUUGGAGCUUCUUGACACACUAGCAGGGAUUGCUGUGGGAUGUCUCAACCUUGAUGUGGAUCAAAGGCCAUCAAUGACAGACGUUGUGGCGCGCCUUCUCACAUUGAAUCGAUCAUGUAUGGUGUAA